GUGCAAAUGGGAAGUCCCCGGGCACUGGCGAAGGGACACUCCGCGGGAGCAGGGCGGAGGCUAGGACCACUGCUGACUACUGGCCUCCGGCGGUGGAGAGGUCUGGGGACCCGGCCCAGCCUGGUGCCUCCAUCCUCAUUCAUCUCAUGUCCUACCCCGGAUGACCCCAACUAGGUUCCUGUGCCUACCUUCCCGGGGGACUCGGCAGGUUUUCUAUCAGAUGUUCUACCAUAAUAAUGCUGAGAGAGUGGAAGGGAAGGAGGAGAGGGAGAGAAUCAUCACUGUGUGCUUGUCUCUUGCUCUGCCCCUACUGGGGGCCUACCCUGGCCUGCAGCCCAGGCAUGCGCCCUGACUGGGAAUUGAACCAGUAGCCCUUUUGUUCCCAGGCUUGUGCUCAAUCCACUGAGCCACACAAGCUAGGGGGGAUAACCCAAAUCUGUUUUACAACCAUGAAAAUUUUGCUCGCUUUUGACUUUGACAAUACAAUCAUAGAUGACAAUAGCGACACCUGGAUUGUACGGUGUGCUCCAGAGAAAAAGCUUCCUAUUGAACUACAAGAUUCUUAUGAAAAAGGAUUUUGGACAGAGUUUAUGGGCAGAGUCUUUCAGUAUUUGGGAGAUGAAGGUGUAAGAGAAGAUGAGAUGAAAAGAACAGUGACAUCAAUGCCUUUUACUCCAGGGAUGGUGGAGCUUUUAAACUUUAUAAGUAAGAACAAGGAUAAAUUUGAUUGCAUCAUUAUUUCAGAUUCAAAUUCAGUCUUCAUAGAUUGGAUUUUAGAAGCUGCCAGUUUUCAUGAUGUGUUUGAUAAAGUGUUUACAAAUCCAGCAGCUUUUGAUGGCAGUGGUCAUCUCACUGUGAAAAAUUAUCAUGCUCAUUCUUGCAAUAGGUGUCCCAAAAAUCUUUGCAAAAAUGUAGUUUUGGUAGAAUUUAUAGAUAAACAAUUACAACAGGGAGUAAAUUAUACACAAAUUGUUUAUGUAGGUGAUGGUGGAAAUGAUCUUUGCCCAGUAACCUUUUUAAAGAAGAACGAUGUUGCCAUGCCACGGAAAGGAUAUGCUUUACAGAAAACGCUUUCCAGAAUGUCUCAAAAUCUGGAGCCCAUGGAAUGUUGUGUUGUAGCUUGGUCUUCAGGUGUUGAAAUAAUUUCUCAUUUACAAUUCCUAAUAAAGGAAUAAUAUGCCAACAA